AUGAGUGAGGGCAACUAUACCCUUUAUGGUGGUGUCAUGCCUCAAGCUCAGUCGGAUGCAGCAUCAACGCAUCGAUACAUACCAUCUGACAAUUUGAGGGGACGGAACGGCUCUGAAGAUGAAUCGACGGUAAAUGAAACGCUACGACGGACGAGCGAAAGCUUUCGCGACACAUUGUUGGACCUCUACGCGGCCUUAAAGGUGUUUGGUAUAUACCUCAUUACAUUCGAAGGACUAUUUGUAAUGCUAUUUUCGGUGGUCACCACCUCUUCUUAUUACUAUCUUGGUGAGAGUAGCACGGGUCCAAGCUUUGGUGCCAACAUCUCGUGGACCAUUGUUUCGUUUGCAGUGGUGUCACCUAUGAUCAUGCAGAUCACCCAGGCCUUUGCACGGCGUGAACAAGCAUUGGAUGUGCUUGCUGAGUCAAGAUCUUUAAUAAUUAAUAUCAUGCUUGCCAAUGCUUUGUGGAAUUGGGGCGAUAACGGGCGAAAAAAGCUGCCACAAGACCAUGUACAAAAGACCAAGACCUUGCUCAAAGGAAUGCUGCAUGAUUUAAUGUCUUUACUGAUCAUGCCCACGUUUACGCGUGGACGACACCGGCUUACUUCACUUGGUCGGAAACAUGCCUCACAGUUUGUGAAUCCUGUAAGACAUUUGCAGCUACAGAUUGUAAACACGAUUCGUCAGCUGCACGAUCAAGUGGAAGUUAUGAAAGCCUGCGGCAUGCCUGCCAAUGAAGCCUCACGAGUUAAUCAAUACCACUGGCUGCUUGAAGCCCGACUUGAACGACUGCAGAAUAUAAAAUUCUAUCGAACACCUCAAGCCACACGGUCAUUCACUCGGAUUUUUAUCCUUGCCUUGCCCCUAUUUUAUGGUCCAUACUACGUCUUUAUCGCGCGUGGAAAUGAGUAUCAAGCGACGAACUUUGCAUUUUGCUUGUUGCUUAGUGUGUCUACAAGCUUGUUAAUGAUUGGCAUUUUUAACGUGGAAAGAACAAUGGAGGAUCCAUUUGCAGGAGGUGGCUUGGAUGGUGUCCGCGUUCAUGAGGUUUUCCAGCUGACACACCAACUGCUUGACGAAUGCUAUAGCGAAAAGUACAUGUCUGACUUUCGGACGAUGCAUUGA